AGCGUUAGCUUCGCACGCACAGAAGAAUUCAGAUUGAAAGACGAGCGAAAAAGAGCACUGGAGCAGUGGUUCCCACAUACGCCAGCAGUGUUCUGGUCCGACACAUGCGUGGAACACAAUGGCUUCUUCGGCAGCCAUACCUCUAAUCUCCGUGAACCCAGUCCCGGAAGCUCAUCGACCGACCAGAUAGCACGUUCAGUAGUUGCAGACGAUCAAGAAGUCGUAUCGACAUAUUUCCGUCUCAUUGUCAAGAUCCUGGAAUCUCCUGACCGUGGGAGUCAAAGCUCUGCAUCGAGUACAUCCAGCAGAGCUGACUAUAGAUGGCAUGAGAUGGGAUUCAUGUCCUUGUCAUCUGAGACUAAAAGCGUAAUUAUCUGUUUCGAUGUUCCAGACAGUGUGAUUAAAGAUCUGCACAAAUCACUACCGACAAAUACCGGACAGAUAAAAGGUCCAUAUGGACUACACAUACUGUUGUUAGAAGAAUUGAUCAAGUUGUAUGAUCGAAGUAUCUGGGCCAUGGCAAAGAAACAACGUCUCGCAGAAUCAGGAAGGCGAAGCUCCACAACUCCUUCUCUCCCAUCAAGUCUACCUCCUCUCCCCAACGACCCCGCCAAACCGAAAGGCCUGGCAAGAACGACCGAGAACUUUGAGUACCUCUUCGAAAUCUCGCGACACCUGGCCCACAGUGUUGAAACAACACAGAUAGCCACCGAAGUUGUGGAGCGUAUGAGAGAUGCCUGCAAUUCGCUCCUUCUCACUCAGAGGACUCCGAUACUUGUAUCAAGGGUGCAGAGAUUGAGUUUCUUGCAUAGUUUGCUCAGGGGACUUUCUGCGAGGUCGGUGUCUAACGAGAAGAGAUUGACCAGCGAGCAAGUAUUGGUGAGUGCUUGA